AUGGCCCAGAAAGUAGCAGGAUACCUGGCCGACGGAUUAAUAGGUUCCCAUAUAUGGCUCUACCUAUCUCAAUGGCUCAAAUGCAACUUCACCGUCGACGCCUUCUUCGCGCACAUCACCAUCGAUUACGACGGGGAUGCCGCUGUAAUUCGCCCUAAGACGUACGCUGGCACCGACGACCUGGGAGAUCAGAUUGGUAUCGACAGCAGCAAGGACCCGAAGGACCCCAAGAACUUACUCCUAUGA